AUGGACAUGUUUAAGGACAUUGGUUUUAAUUUUGACAAUGAGGUUCUGAGGGCCGUCCGAUUCAUGUAUUCGGACAGGCGCUCAAGUAGCAGUCAGAACAAUUUGCGAGUGACGAAAAAAGUUAACCUAUCCUCCACGCAUUCUGUGGUGCGCGUUGCCACUCGUCUUUCCAAUCGACUGUUGUCUUUGUACGAGCGGAAUCUCAUAAAACGCAUUUUGAUCAGCAUGCAUGAGAACGUCAACGAAGUCACCUGCAGAAGAUUGCUGUUGCGGCUUGUCAAAGCACCAUCAGUGCCUUGCACACCCAACUGUUCGUGUUGUCAGCGCAUAACCACGGAAGGAUUUAUUUCUCCCUCUUUCUCCAAUCAGAAGUACAAUGGUGACGAAGACAUUGGUUACCCUCCCAUGGGUGCACGAUGGGUCGGUUCGACUGUGAGUGACAGUAGGCACUUUGCACUGCCUCCAGAAAACGGUCCAUGUCCUAUGGAAGUGAGUGACAAAUCCUUGAGUCAGUCACUCUCUCUCGACACUAGUCCCUUUUCUGAUCCUUGCCCAACCCCACCGACAUCCCUUGUCGAGCCCUCCGUCAAUGGCCAUCACGACCGUUUAGCUGCGGAUGACUUAAUCUCUAGCAGUAGCAGUUGCAACUCUCUGUAA